ACUACAAUUAGAGAAAGAACAUCUUAAAAAAGAAAUAGCUCAUGAGGCUGAAAGACUGAAAUUAGAAACUGGCUUACAGGAAGAUGCUACUUCCGAAGAGACUGACCUAGUUGGGCAACAUCAAAAAUAUUUAGCCGAUAAGGUGGGUUUGGCGGAUAAGUUAAAACAAGAAGGGGUUAAUUUAUUCCAAAAAGGGGUUGGCCAAGUUAAGAAAGUAGCGGGGGAUAAAGUUAAUCAGGCCACCAAAGCCGUUAAUGAAAAAGCCAAUCAAUUUACCAAAACUGCCGGUGAUAAAAUUGACGAACUUACUAAAAAAAUCAAGCCUAAAAAGGAGGAAUAA